AUGGAGAAGGACGAGUCUAUCGCCGUCACCACCGGUGCGAUGGUCGACGAGACUGCACCUGAUGAGAAGCUCAAGCAGCUGCGUGACCUCAAGAGCCACCAUCACUGGGAUCCAAACAUGCCCGAAGAUGUUGUUGAGGAACUCGAUGAGGCUUUGCACACAUCCGAUAAGCGUACCCAGGAGGCCAUCGCUCAGGAAUUACUCCAAAACUCCCCAUACCCCGAGGUUCGGUCCGCCGUCUCCAAUGUCGAUGAGGGUGGAUCUGUGAACACUAUUCGCGCCUGGGUAAUUGGUCUUGUUUUUGCGACCAUCGGUUCUUCCCUCAACAUGCUGUUCUCCAUGCGCCAGCCCUACAUUGUCAUCCCCUCAUAUAUUGCACAGGUUGUUGCCUACCCAGUGGGAAAGGCAUGGGAAGCGUGGAUGCCCAAUUACACCUUCCGUGUCUUUGGAUACGAAGCUGAACUGAACCCGGGUGUUUUCACCAAGAAAGAACAUACAAUUGUCGUUAUCAUGGCAAACGCCACAUUCGGUGGUGGCGCCGCCUACGCGACGGAUGUCCUCUUGGCUCAGCGUGCCUUUUACGGACAACACUUCGGCUGGGGUUUCGAGAUCCUCAUGUGUAUCUCGACUCAGAUGCUGGGCUUCGGCAUGGCUGGCUUCUUCACCCGCUUCUUGGUGCAGCCCGCCGCCAUGAUCUGGCCCUCAACCCUGAUCAAUACCUCCCUCUUCACUGCACUGCAUGAUCGCAGCAAGCCGGAUCCCAGCAAGGUCGCCGGCUGGAGGAUCGGUAAAUAUCAGAUGUUCCUAUUCGCUAUGAUUGGCUCUUUCUGCUGGUACUGGUUCCCCGGCUACAUUGCGCCGUUCCUGAGUAUCUUUGCCUGGGUCACCUGGAUCAAGCCCGAGAACGUGAUAGUCAACCAGCUCUUUGGUGGAUUCAGUGGCCUCUCGCUUAUCCCAAUGACAUUUGACUGGACCCAGAUCUCUGGAUUUAACUUCAGUCCCCUGAUUGCUCCGUGGUAUGCUAUCUCCAAUACGAUGAUCGGCAUGUUUCUCUGGUUCUGGAUUGUCACUCCCGCCAUUCACUACUCCAAUCUCUUCUACUCUCAGUACCUACCAAUGAGCGACUCCAACAGUUACGAUAACACCGAAAUACUCGAACUACUCCCUCUCUUCCUGUCGACAACAUUCAUGCUGUCUUAUGGGCUGUCGUUUGCCAGUAUCAUUGCCGUCCUCGUUCAGGCCGGUCUUUUCAACGGCCCGGACAUUUGGGCUCGAUUCCGUCGCGUCGGAAAGGAAGAAGAAGAUGUUCACGGCCGUCUGAUGACGCGCUACGCUACCGUUCCCAUCUGGUGGUACUUGGGCGUGUUUGUGACCAUGACCGCAAUUGGCUUUGGUGUUGUACUGGGCUGGCCUACGCACAUGAGCUGGUGGUCCUUCAUCAUUGCCCUGCUCAUUUCCGCCAUUUGGUUCGUUCCCAUUGGCAUCGUCAAGGCUGCCACCAACAUCGACAUCGGCCUCAAUGUCAUUACUGAGUUCAUCAUCGGUUACAUGCAGCCCGGUAAGCCUAUGGCUAUGAUGCUGUUCAAGACCUACGGCUACAUCAGCAUGUACCAGGGAAUGUACUUCACACAGGAUCUGAAAAUCGGCCACUACAUGAAGAUCCCUCCCCGCGUGACUUUCACAGCCCAGAUGGUCGCUUGUUUCUGGUCAUCCCUGGUGCAGAUCGCCACCAUGAACUGGGCUCUGGGCGCAAUCAAGGGCGUGUGCGACCAGUUCCAGCCUAACCACUUCACCUGUCCCAAUGGUCGCGUGUUCUUCAACGCCUCCGUUAUCUGGGGUGUCAUCGGACCCGCUCGGAUGUUCUCCAUCGGCCAGCUGUACUCACCCCUGAUGUUCUUCUUCCUCGCCGGCGGCCUCCUUCCCAUCGCGAUCUACAUCGGCGCCCGUUUCUUCCCCAAGAGUCCGAUCAAGUAUCUCAGCGCCCCUAUCAUCUUCGGUGGUGCUGGUCUGAUUUCCCCCCGCCACCCCUCUCAACUAUCUCUCCUGGGGUAUCGUCGGUACAUCCGUGAUCGCUGGCGUGGAUGGUGGAUGCAGUACAACUACGUCCUGUCCGCUGGUCUGGAUGUUGGUCUUGCUCUUUGCACCAUUCUCAUCUUCUUGACUCUCAAUUUGACCGAUACGAGCUUCCCUGAAUGGUGGGGAACAAGGAUCGCCAGUAACACCCUGGAUGUCGAAGAUAAAGCCAUUCGGAACCCUAUCCCUACGGGUCAGACCUUUGGUCCCCCCAAAUGGUAG